GCCAGAGACUUGUGGGGCAGGCAGAGAGAGAGAGCGAGAGAGAAAAGAAGGAAGCCUGGGUGUGGAUGCCCGGGGACACUUGGGGUAGGGGCUUUGAUUCCUGGGAGUCAGGAGAACCUCCAGCUUCUUCUCCGAGAAGGCCACCUUGGCUCUCCUCUCACCACUCGGUUUCCUCCUGAGUUGCUCAUCCUAACUUUGUCUUCACUCCACCUUCCCUCUAGUGUGACCAAUGGGGGCAAGACCACUUUGACCAAUAGACUUAUCCAAGCCCUCCCCAACUGUUGCGUUGUCCACCAGGAUGACUUCUUCAAGCCACAAGAUCAAAUACAAGUCGGGGAAGACGGCUUUAAGCAAUGGGAUGUUUUGGCUUCUCUGGAUAUGGAGGCGAUGGUGAACACCGUGAACGCCUGGAGGGAAAACCCCGUCAAGUUUGCCCGAUCGCAUGGGGUGAGCGUCUCACGCCGAUCAAAGAUGCCCGACGCGGAUGACAUCCACGUAUUGGUGGUGGAAGGAUUUCUGCUUUAUAACUACAGGUAGAGAGUUAUUCCU